AGUGUUUCUUGCAGAGUUUGGAAUUACUGUUUUUUGGUACCCUGACACGCCAGCAAAAACAAACACAGACACACACACGCUCUUCAACACCCGCUCCCGACGCUGCGACCAUGGACGAUUCGUACGAAACGUCUGAGGCUCUGUACCUGUCGCUGCUCGAUUUCCAUUCCCAGGCUGGAGGAGUGGGCCAAGUUGCCUUGGUCUGAAAUCAGGGGUCCAACCCGUGUGCCUGGGAAAGGCAUCCACGGCCCUCUGUCUCGCCCGCCGCGCCCCAUUUCUCCGCCGGAUAUUAAUGUGCUGGGUACUGGAGAAGAAGCAUGGAGAAAACCAGCAGUGUUUGGUGACAGCCUGCUGCGGGAAAACCCUGCAACUUCACAGCAUAUAGAAGACCACAGAAACAUGAGAGUAGAGGAGAUUGUUUGGAAAAAAGAGGAGGAGGAGAAGAAGAAGAAGAAAAGGGAGAAGGAAGGAGAAGGAGAAAGCCCAGGGCUCUGCCAGUCUGAGACCUCAAGUGAUGAUGAAAAUGCCAGCAAGGGCCCCACCUUCGAUCCUGAACUGGUCAUCGCCCACUGCUUCAAGCAGUUCAAGCAGGAGGACUUCCACCUGCCUCAGAGCCGCCGGCGGGUCAUCAUCUUGCCUCAAAAAGAGGAUCCGAUGCCCAUUAAUCUCAUGGCCCAACCCCAGACUCCCCCACAGGCGAUCUCCAGCUUCCAAGCCCUGGGAGCUGGGGACAUCCAAGGCCAGCCAGACGACGUGAGGACCUGGCUGAGCCGGAGGCUGAAGCUUCGCCAGGACCUGGAGUCAUUUGGCAGUGUAGAGAGGUGGCUUCAGAACAAGCCCAGCCUCACACCUUCAGAGGCCAAGGUCUUGCACAUGAUCCAGAAGGAGCAGGAGGACCAGUUGUUAGACCACCUGACUACUAUCAGAGGCACCAAGAAGAGCCCCCGGCCCUCCCGCCGACUGGUGCCCCAGCUCCGGUUGCCCAAGCCCUCUGCCUUAUCAGCCUUGUACUCCUACCUGCACAGCCGCAAGAUCAAGAUCCUGGAGAUAUUUAGCAAAGUGGACGGGGGCGAGCACCAGAAGAUCUCUAGGGAGGAGUUCGUUGUGGCUCUGAAGGCGGUUGGAGUCCCUCUGAAAAACCAGGAGGUGGAAGAUGUUGUGAUCUAUCUCAGCUCUCUGGGAAAGGACAACAGCAUCACCAAAGAUAUCCUAGUCAAUACCUACAAGCAGUGGUGUCUGGCUCAUCAGAAAAGCACCCUGGCAACUGCAAGGGAGCGCAUACUUCCAGAAACUGGGAACUGGGAACACAGGAGUGAAGAAGCCAAGGCCUCUGCCUUCAAUGAGCUUCCAGAUUAUACACCUGCCAAGAUCAGAGUUUCCCCAUCGCGUCUGUCCAAGAAGCAGGUGAAUUUAGCCCCACAACCGUGCAAGAUGGACCUGCUGACCGUGCCCGUGGUUGACACCCAGAUGGAGGCGCGGCCCCUGACUCUGGAGGAGAUGGAGGACAUUGGCAAGCGGUACCGCGAGAGGAGGCGGAAGCACAAGCUCAAGAUCCCCUCCAUCCAGUACACGGAGCGGUGCCGCCUGGUGCGCAGCGGGAAUAAGCACUUUGAUGAGCACUGCCUCCCAUCCACCAUCCAUGGGGAGAUGAAGGAGCUCAUCAACAAGUCCCGCAGGGACAACUUUCUGGUCUACCUGCAGUGCUGCAAGCUCUGUGAGUCCUACGGCCUCCCACUGACAGAGGACAUCCUCGUGAAAGCCCUGCUGUACCCAGGGGACAAGAUCAUUUUCCAGAAGGACCAGGUACGCCCAAUCCGGCAGCCGGGAGGCUACUACUCAGAUAUGAAGAUCUUCAGUCCAAAUCUGGCUCUGCUCAAGUUCCAGGGCUUCAGCGAUGUUGUGGCUAAGAAGACUGACAAGAAGACACCAAAGAAAAUCAAGAAGAUACACUUUAAGGAGUUUGAGGAGUUCACCAGGAAGCUGCAGGCGAAGAGGUCCAGGGGUUCACUGCGAACUCACCCCAAUUUCUUCUGGCCGGGUCACCUCCUGGACAAGCUGCAGCUCUAUCUGCCCACUGUGGCCAUGGACAGGAGCCUGGCACUCUUCAGUUGUGUCCAACCCCAGCCCCAUGCCUACUCAGCCACCUACCACCCCAACCACUGGUGGCCUAUUGGGAACAUGAACUACAUGACCUGUGCCUAUUACGAUGCCUCCAAGGUCUACUACAUCGACUAGAGUGGCCGAGGUGUUGUCCGACCCAGCCAUCCUGGGGCUGUGGCCAGUGCAGCUAGCAGCCCAGAGCCACAGACACAGCGGGAAGUGUAAAGAGCCAGAUAAAAGAAAUCAUUUCAGUGCGAUGGCCUGGAGCCAGCUCUCUCUUGAGCAAAAAUGUCCAGUGUCUCAGAGGGCAGGUGUAUCUAGGGAAAGAUAAGCAGUUUCUGAGUAUUUCCCUGUCUUGACCUCUGCUCUUUUGAAAUAAACCAGAUUGGAGUUUUUUUUCAUGUCA